GGCACCGGGCAGGCCCCCGCGGGGUCCUUCGGCGACGGGAGCGGAGGGAGCGGGAGCGGCGGCGCGAUGAACCUGGAGCUGCUCGAGUCCUUCGGCCAGAACUACCCCGAGGAGGCGGACGGGACGCUGGACUGCAUCAGCAUGGCGCUGACGUGCACCUUCAACCGCUGGGGCACGCUGCUGGCCGUGGGCUGCAACGACGGCAGGAUCGUCAUCUGGGACUUCCUGACCCGCGGCAUCGCCAAGAUCAUCAGCGCCCACAUCCACCCCGUGUGCUCGCUCUGCUGGAGCCGGGAUGGACACAAGCUGGUCAGCGCCUCCACCGACAACAUCGUGUCGCAGUGGGACGUGCUGUCCGGGGACUGCGACCAGCGCUUCCGCUUCCCCUCGCCCAUCCUCAAGGUCCAGUACCACCCCCGGGACCAGAACAGAGUGCUGGUGUGUCCCAUGAAAUCUGCCCCAGUGAUGCUCACCCUGUCAGACUCCAAGCACGUGGUGCUGCCCGUGGACGACGACUCCGACCUCAACGUGGUGGCGUCGUUUGACCGCAGAGGGGAAUACAUCUACACCGGGAACGCCAAGGGCAAGAUCUUGGUCUUAAAAACAGACACUCAGGAUCUUGUUGCUUCCUUCAGAGUGACCACAGGGACCAGCAACACCACGGCCAUUAAAUCCAUCGAGUUCGCCCGCAAGGGGAGCUGCUUCCUGAUCAACACGGCCGACCGCAUCAUCCGCGUGUACGACGGGCGCGAGAUCCUGACCUGCGGCCGCGACGGAGAGCCCGAGCCCAUGCAGAAACUGCAGGACCUGGUCAACAGGACCCCCUGGAAGAAGUGCUGCUUCUCAGGGGAUGGCGAGUACAUCGUGGCGGGCUCUGCCCGGCAGCACGCGCUCUACAUCUGGGAGAAGAGCAUCGGCAACCUGGUGAAAAUCCUGCACGGCACCCGCGGGGAGCUGCUGCUGGACGUGGCAUGGCAUCCAGUCCGGCCCAUCAUCGCCUCCAUCUCCAGCGGGGUGGUUUCCAUUUGGGCUCAGAACCAGGUGGAAAACUGGAGUGCUUUCGCCCCAGAUUUCAAGGAGCUGGAUGAAAAUGUGGAAUAUGAGGAGAGGGAAUCAGAAUUUGACAUCGAGGAUGAGGAUAAGAGCGAGCCAGAGCAGACAGGAGCUGAUGCUGCAGAGGAUGAGGAGGUGGAUGUGACCAGCGUGGAUCCCAUCGCUGCCUUCUGCAGCAGUGACGAGGAGCUGGAGGACUCCCGGGCCCUGCUGUACCUGCCCAUCGCCCCCGAGGUGGAGGAUCCCGAGGAGAAUCCCUACGGGCCCCCUCCCGACGCCGUCCCGGCCGCGCUGCCCGACGACGCGCUGGGCCCCGACAGGAAGCGCCCCAGCUCCUCGGACGGGCCCCAGGCCCCCAAGAAAAAACCCAAAACCACCAACAUCGAGCUCCAGGGAGUCCCCAGUGACGAGGUGCAUCCCCUGCUGGGUGUGAAGGGCGAUGGGAAAUCCAAGAAGAAGCAGGCGGGGCGGCCCAAGGGCUCCAAGGGCAAGGACAAGGACUCUCCCUUCAAGCCCAAGCUCUACAAAGGGGACCGGGGCGCUCUGCCCCUGGAGGGCGCGGCCAAGGGCAAAGUGACGCCGGAGCUGGGCCAGCCCCUGGCAGCAGGUGGAGCCAUCUCAGAGCUGCUAUGAAGAACUCUCCCUCCUCUCCCUCCCCUCCCCUCCCUCCUGGAAUUCCCAGGCAGGACUGGCACACACAGAAUUCCAGGAAUUCACGGAGGAUUUGGGGGCAGGACUGACUCUGGCACAGCUGGACAAGGCUCAGCUCCACAUUUUUGGGAUUUUUUGGGGGAUCUGAGCCCCUUCCCUGCCACUCCUGAGCUUUAUCUCCCAAAAUCUCUCGGCAUUCCCGGAUGGAAGAAACUCCCCAGAGUGUGGAUUUGGAUUCCUCACCGUCUCCUGCCUUUUUCCAGCUGGGAAUUUGGGAAUUCCCACCCAUCCCUGCUGAUCCCAGCCCAGAUUUUCAGGAAUUUCCAGUGGGAUUUGAGGAGCUGAGGCCCCUCUGGAAUCUGCUUUGCUUUUGUGUUGUUUUUUUUCCACUCAGAAGAUAAAAAUCUCAUUUUCCAAUUUAUUUUUUUUCCCAGCCUGUGAUUCCCAAUCCUGGAUUCCCCUCCUGUCCUUUCCAGUGGAAAAUUCUUUUUCCCUGGAAAAUUCUCCUCCUUCACUGGGAGAUAAAACCAAAAUUUUUUCUCGGAACUGAAAGAGAAUUUUCCCAAAGGGUUUCUGUUUUAAAAAUGGAAGCUUGGCAGCUCAUUCCCAACUUUUUAUUCCUUCAGGAUUUCCUGCAGGAGCAGGAAUGGCACUUCUUAUCCC